UAGAUAAUUAGAAACAUCAACUGAGAUAGCAAUCGAAGUUUUUUUGUGUUAGCAAUCAUACCAGCCAGUAUGGGUAGCUAUUUCCUAGUCUGACGUCUUGCAAAAGCGACAGGAUUGUUCCUCGUUCUUUAAUUCUAAGUGGUGAAAUGAAUCCAGAUACUUAUGUCUCAGAUGAUGAAUAUUGGGACGAAAGAAAAAAAGGUUUUAGCUUUGAUGAUCCAAAUGAGAGAUUUUCAUCCAAAACUGGAGAUGGAGAUUCCUGGAACCCCACAAAAGUUACCAAAUCAGAUAGAUUACAUGGAACUGCAGAUAAUAUUAAAGGAGAUGCAAGUUCCUAUGCUUCUGAAGAUUUUUUAAAAAUCAAUCUUUCUGAUGCUGAAAUUGCUUCACCAAAAUAUGUCUGGAUUUUGGAUAUGCACUCAGAGAAAGAAGCUAAAGAAAUCCAACUAUCUUCUUCUAAAGUUAUAGAAAAUAUGAUUUUGGGGCUUAAUGUUAAUCUGGAGAAUUUUAAGAGCUUGGCUAGCAAAAGGGAUUUACUUCGUUCAGCCAUUAAGAGUCAUGAUGGCAAUGCUAUACUAACUAUCUUUUUAUUUUGUAUUUAUGUAUUACUUUUCUUAAAAAGUUCUCUAAAGGAUUCACUUUUCUCUCAAGAAAUUUUAUCAUCUCAUGAAGAUGCUCAGAAUUCAUACAUCGCAUUUUUGAAGCAAAGUCAAAAAUUUGAAGAGCUGGAACAUCUAUUAAUGUUGCUGAGUAAAGAUGAAGAUGCAGCUAUGUUGAAGUAUGAAAGAGUUAUUCAUAAACUGCGUGCUCCAGAAGUGAAAAGGAAAGGAAUUCAAAGUUGUUAUAGCACUCAUUUUGAAAUGAGUUCCGCCAGUCGUUUCAACAUUUUGUCAGUUGCGGAGCAUGUUCGUCUUCUCAAUGAUCAGUUUAUUCUGAAGCAAUUUCAUGAUGAACAUUGUCCUGGUGAAGAUUUGUUUUUUAGUAUAAACCAUAAAGCUUUGAUUGAUUCAUCUGUAAUUGAUACAUUUAUCUUCUGUUGCCUGUAUUAUUAUGAUAAAAAAUGGCCUAUACAUACUAACCUCGCCACAUUUAAAACUGCAUACGAUCUGACUCCAAAGCAGUGUACGUGGGCUGCUGUUCGAGCUUUGACUGUGCUGCAGAGAUGGCCUUGUAUUGAUGAAUAUUUUACAUCAGAGAAAUGGUUUGGAAGUCGGAAAAUGAGAAGUGGUAUCAGUUUCAGCAAUGUUGUGAAAACACUUCAAAAGCUGGGUGCACCAGCUCAAUUAUUAUGGAGGUAUGUGGAAUUUAUCAAAGAUGAGGAAAAAAGAUUAGAAAUUGCUAAACGAGUUAAAUGCCACCGAGUUGUAAUUGAGAUCCUUUCACGCAAUAAAGAUAGACUUGCUUUAGAAGAAUACAAGUCAACUCUUCGGCCAUCUACACCUGAAGAAGUUGCUGUUACUGUUGCCUUAAGAAACACUAAAAUUAAAUGGAGGAAUUGAUUUGCACAUAUUUUUUUCAUUCAUGUGACGUUUUUGAUGUAAAGCUGUGACUGGAUCUCACUAUAUACACAGCACUUUGUCACCAGAUUCCACUUCACAUCUCAUUUGGUUUUGGGUUAUUUAUAUGUAUAUUUUAUGUAUAGAUUUUAUAAAGUUGUUAUGCUUUUGUACACUUUCAUAUUUUUCAUUAAAAUUUUAUUUA